AUGGGGCUCCCGCCGGGCUUCCUCAAGGACUACAACGACAACCUCAUGAUAGUAAGGCGCUACUUGCCGGCGACGGAGGAGGAGAGCACCGGCUUCAGCGCGCACGAGGACGCCAGCUGCAUCACCUUGAUCUGCCAGGACAACGUCGGGGGCCUCGAGGUCCUCAAGGACGGCCACUGGGUACCGGCGGAGCCCGGCGGCGGCAGCAUCAUCGUCAACAUCGGCGAUGUCAUAAAGGUGCUGAGCAACAAUAAGCUGAAGAGCGCGACACACCGGGUGGUGAGCAAAGCUGCACACAGGCACUCGUUGUCGUUCUUCUCCAACCCGCACGGCGAUAGGUGGGUGGAACCGCUGCCGGAGUUCACGGCCAAGAUCGGCGAGGCGCCGCGGUACAGGGGGUUCGUGUACAAGGAGUACCAGCGGCUGCUCGUGAGGAACAAGACCCAUCCGCCGGCCAGGCCCGAGGAUGUCGUUAACAUCACCCACUAUGCGAUCUAG